AUGGUCCGCAUCAUCAUCAAGGGUGGUGUGUGGCGCAACACCGAGGACGAGAUCCUCAAGGCGGCCAUCGCAAAGUACGGCAAGAACCAGUGGGCGCGUAUCUCGUCGCUCUUGGUCCGCAAGUCAGCCAAGCAGUGCAAGGCUCGCUGGUACGAAUGGCUCGACCCGUCCAUCAAGAAGGUCGAGUGGUCAAAAACCGAAGAUGAGAAGCUGCUACAUCUCGCCAAGCUGAUGCCGACACAAUGGCGAACGAUUGCGCCAUUGGUUGGGCGGACGGCUACGCAAUGUCUCGAGCGGUACCAGAAGCUGCUGGACGACGCGGAGAAGGCGGAGAACGAGGAGCUGGGAAUGGGCGAUGGCGACGACGAGGCGUCCAAGCCCGCGUUUGGGUUGCGAACUGGUGAGAUCGACACGCAGCCUGAAUCGCGCCCGGCGCGCCCCGACCCUGUCGACAUGGAUGACGACGAGAAGGAGAUGCUGUCCGAGGCGCGCGCGCGUCUCGCCAACACGCAAGGCAAGAAGGCGAAGCGCAAGGCUCGCGAGAGGCAACUCGAGGAGGCGCGUCGCGUCGCGUUCCUCCAGAAGAAACGCGAGCUCAAGGCGGCCGGCAUCAACCUGAGAGAGAACAAGAAGAAGAAGGGAAUGGACUACAACGCCGACAUCCCCUUUGAGAAGCAGCCGGCGCCCGGGUUCUAUGACACGGGAGAGGAGCGCGCGAAAAAGUACGAGCCGGUGCUCGGGUCGUCGCUGCGCUCGCUUGAGGGCAAACGCAAGCAGGAGCUCGAGGAGGAGGAGGGCAAGAACAAGCGUCAGAAGGGGGAGAAGCAGACGGCCACGGAAUUCGUCAAGGCGCGCGAGGCCCAGAUCAAGAAGCUCAAGGAGCAGGAGCAGAUCGUCCGCCGUCGCCAGCUCAACCUUCCCAUGCCUCAAGUCGGUGAGCGCGAGCUCGAGGAGAUUGUCAAGAUCGGGCAGGCGGGCGAGGCCGCGCGCGGACUCGUGUCGGGCGACGGUGGAGCGACGGACCAGCUCGUCGGCGAAUACGAGAACCUGAGCCAGGCGCGGAUGGCGCGUACACCUCGAGUCGAUGUCGAGCAUGACAACAUCAUGCAGGAGGCGCGCAACCUGCGCCAGAUGACGAACGUGCAGACGCCCCUGCUUGGCGGGGAGAACACACCCAUGAUCUCGCAUGAUGUCGGGACCGGCAACGAGUCGGCGACGCCGCGCCAUUCGGGCGCCGUCACGGUCAACCCACUCGCGACGCCGCGCACGGUCGGUGGAGUAAUGAGCACACCGCGUGGACCAGGCUCCACGCCGUACCGUGACAACCUGACGAUCAACAACCGCGGAGAAUGGGGCGAGACCCCCGCGGACGAACGGCGGCGACUCAAGGACGCCAAGCGUGCGCUGCAAGCGGGCUUUGCGUCGCUCCCGCGCCCCGAGAACAACUUCGAACUCGAGGACCCCGAGGACGAGGAGCCAGAGGAGGACGACGUGCCCAUGACCGAAGAGGACGCAGCGGAUCGUGACGCGCGCCUCAAGGAAGCGAGGGAGGAGGAGGAGCGCUUGGAGCUGCAGCGUCGCUCGCAGGUUGUCAAGAAGGGGCUCCCGCGCCCCGCCAAUGUCGACGCACGCGCGGUACUGCGCCAGCUCAACGCAGAGGCUGCCGACGCCGAAGCGAGUGUCGCGGCGGCCCUCCGUCUCAUUAACGAGGAGAUGGCCGCGUUAAUGGCGCACGACGCGAUUGCGCACCCGCUCCCCGGUACGCGCACGCCGGGCAAUGUCGCGAGCAACUACGACAUGCCCGAGGACGAGUUCGUGACGGCUGCCAAGUUGGCGAUCCACGCCGAGGUUGCGAGCGCUCUCGGCCUUCCCGGUGCGAGUGAAGUGCAGACGGCCGUCGUGAUCGGGUCUGCAGCGGAGGAGGAUGGCGCGGCCUUUGAGGCCUCGUGGGCCGAGUCGAGCAAGGGAAUGGCGUUCCUCCCCGGCUCGGGUUGGGUCGAGCGGUCGUCUCUCACGCCGGCCGAGUACGCGAAGGUGAUCGCUGCCAGCCGCGAACGCAUGGUGACGGAGGGAACCCGUGCCGCCAAGGCCGAGAAGAGGCUCGGCAAGCAGUUUGGCGGAUACGGCGCGCUCAACGCGAAACACCGUUCGGCGAUCGCCAGUGGGAUCGACGACAUCCAUUCCGCCAAGCGCGACCUCGACACGUUCUCCAUGCUGCUUGGGAUGGAGAAGGCGGCGGCUCCGGGCCGUAUCGAGAAGCUGCGCAUUGAAGUCGACGCGCUCGAGCGCCGCGAACGCGACCUGCAAGCCCGCUACGCCGAUCUUAAUGACCGGCGGCUUGCAGCUCUCGGGGCAGUCGACACCUUGGAGACGGAGAAGCAGGUGCUCGAGGCCGAAGCAGGCCUCGCGGCAAUGGAGGCAAACGGGGCGUAG